GCGUCGCGUCUCUCGUACGUGGGUCUUUAAGGAGAGGCGUUGCUUUUACUAUAUGUUUCUAAAGAAAAGAUUUCCGCUUCCUGCUGUUGUUUUAAACGCUCAGUUGAUCACAAGCUCAUCACAAGCUGUGAGCUGGACUGAUAGCAGCAGCAGCAGCAGCAGCUGAGUGAAUCUCCAAUGAGUUCACCGCCGAGCGGAGGCGGGAACGUUAAGAGGCUCGUGUCAGGAAAGUGUCAUCAUCUGAACAGACUACAUGCACGAGUGAGUGUCUAAACUGACCGAGACCGGUCCGACAGCACAGAUCCCGAACACUUCAGCAUGUCGGAGCGAGGAGGGCUUCAGCAGCGAGCGGGAGCUCCGUCUCCCCACUUGCAGCCUCUCAGGACGGCCACGAUUUCUUCGAGUCGCCCGGUUCAGAUGAACCUGUUCGCGACGUGGGAGAUUGACAGCUCCUCUCCCAGCUGUGUGCCCAGACUUCUCAGUCUGACUCUGAAAAAAUUAGUGAUUUUGAAGGAGCUGGACCGAGAUCUCACUUCGGUGGUCAUUGCAGUUAAACUUCAGGGUUCAAAACGCAUUUUGCGCUCAAAUGAAAUCAUGCUGUCUUCUGCAGGCCUUACUGAGACUGAUCUUCAGCUGACCUUCUCUCUUCAGUACCCACACUUUUUGAAGAGAGAUGCCAACAGACUUCAGAUUAUGCUUCAGAGACGCAAGAGGUACAAGAACCGCACUAUACUGGGCUAUAAGACCCUCGCGCUAGGGAUGAUAAAUAUGGCUGAGGUGAUGCAGCACCCUACAGAAGGUGCUCAGGUGUUGGGCUUGCACACGACUGUGAAGGACACCCCAGUGCCCGUUGCUGAGAUCAGGGUCUAUUCUCUCUCCAGUCAACCCAUCGACCCCGAGGGACCAAAGGCCAAGCUAUCUGAUCGUUCUCCAGACAUCGAUAAUUACUCUGAGGAGGAAGAGGAAAGCUAUUCUUCGGAGCAGGACGGCAGUGAUGACCCUCUACAGGGGCAGUACCUCUAUGACGACGAGGAUGAACUGAGGAAAAAGAAACCUCGCCGUAAACUGCCCUCCACAGCCUCCAUCACCAGAGCUAACGUAAGUGACCAACCAAACAUCAAACAGAAGCUUAUGGCUUUGGUGAAAUGGUUCAAAGUGUCCGAUGAGGUGGGCUUUGGUUUGGAUCAUGUGUCCCAAGAGCAGAUCCGGGAUGUGGAAGAGGAUCUGGAUGAGCUCUAUGACAGUCUUGAGAUGUACAACCCCAGUGACAGCGGCCCAGACAUGGAGGAAACGGAUAGUAUUAUCAGCACCCCCAAACCCAAACUCCGGCCAUUUUUUGAAGGCAUUUCACAGUCCAGCUCUCAGACGGAGUUUGGUAGCUUGAAUAGCAGGUGCAGCCACAGCAAAGACAAGCUGAGUACUAGGGCCGAGCAGACUUUGUCUAGUAAAUUCCAGCGUUCCCCCAGUGCACACAUGGACGAUGCUUUCUCAGAGAUGGACACAUUGGAACUCAAUGAAGUGGAGGUGAUUGCUGAUGGGACCCCUAGCAUCACUUUAUCAGUGGCAGAGAGGCCCCGGACCCCACAGAGAAGCAAUAGCACUAACAUGCCAUCCCCCAGACUGGAUGGCAGUCACACCCCCAAACAGAGACGAGGGACCCCUAUGAAAGAGAGACAGCUGUCCAAACCGCUCAGCGAACGCACCAACAGCUCGGACAGCGAGAGAUCACCCGAGCUCAGCCUCACCCCUCAGAUGCCGAGAAAGAUAGUGUACGACCAGCUCAACCAGAUCCUGCUGUCUGACAGCACUCUUCCUGAAAGCCUUAUCCUUAUCAAUGGCAGCGAUUGGCAAGGACACUAUGUGGCUGAGCUGCUGCAGGCCCAGAAGCUGCCGGUGGUCUGCACCUGCUCCGGAUCAGAAAUCCAGGCCGUUCUUUCCGCCCUGCUCACACGCAUACAGAAAUUCUGCAACUGUAACUCCAUCAUGCCCAAACCGGUUAAGGUGGUAGCGGUUGGAGGUCAGAGCUAUUUAGGAGCCGUCUUGAGAUUCUACGUCUCUCAGCUCGCCAAUAAGAUGUCCGACUGGCUCAGCCACAUGAAGUUCCUUGUGGUGCCUAUAGGCUCUCACCCUGUGGCCAAACACCUGGGUUCUCUGGACAAUCGCUACAGUUCUUCCUUCCUGGACAGCUCAUGGCGAGAGUUUUUCAGCCGCACAGAGCCUCCUCAGCCGGCUUCCUCUGCUGACUUUGUGGAUGUGGCCGAACGAAUUCUACAAUACAUCAACGGAGCUACGGUUACUCAUCAGCUUCCCAUUGCUGAGGCGAUGCUGACAUGCAAAAACAAGACGCAAGAUGACGAUUCCUACCAAAAUUUUGUUCCAUUUGUGGGUGUUGUUAAGGUGGGAUUGGUAGAGCCCAGCCCAGGAUCUUUAGGUGGAGAUUGCGAAGAGGGUUUGGCUUUGAGUUUGGCAGUUCCAUCGACGUCUCCACCGGCUCAUGGAUCUCCCACUGGGAUGAUGAAAGAUUCUGCAACGCCUCCUCCAUCACCAUCACUAAGCGGACUGGCUGCUCUUGGGAGCCCCAGCAUGUCUCAUGGUAUGGAUGCCAUUGGGCUGCAGGUGGAUUACUGGGUGUCCUCAGGGGCUGAGAAGCGCAAAGAUGGAGAGCGGAGAGACACGGGCAAGAUCACUUUGAGGUGUGCGUUCAGAUCCUUGCAGGUUUGCCGACUGCCUGGCUCCUUUGAGCUACUGACUGGCUCUAACACCAUGUCCAUGACUGUGGUGACCAAGGAGAAGAACAAGAAAGUCCCGACCAUCUUCCUGGGGAAGAAGCCAAAAGAGAGAGACACAGAGUCAAAGAGUCAGGUCAUUGAAGGCAUCACCAGACUCAUUUGCUCUGCCAAGAAUCAACAAACCAGUCUAAGAGUGUCUGUAGAUGGAAUGGAGUGGAAUGACGUGAAGUUCUUCCAGUUGGCGUCUCAGUGGCCCACUCAUGUGAAGUACUUCCCCGUGGGACUGUUCGGCUACAACAAAACAUCCUCCUAGUGACCUCUGGGGGAGAAAAAAAAAAAAAAACCCCAGUAAAGUUUCCCCUGCUUGUUGCGCCUUCAGACAAAAAAGAGGGCCAGUUGUUAUUCUAGAGGUGGUCGUGCUUACUGUACACGGCAGAUACUUGAGCCAAAGUGGGAGAUGUUGAAUUUCUCAUCUGGGAUUGGUGGGAUUCUCUCAUCUUGUUUUGGCCUUUAGAAGGCCAGAGCAGACAAAAACUUGAGGAAAGAGUGGGUUGAGAAUAUUAUUUAUGAACCUUUUCUACUAGUGUUUGUCUGCUGUGCAAUUCCUGAUGCAAUAACAUCCCAAUAUUGUAUUGAGUUUAUAUUUAAAUGGUACUUAAUAUUAGUGAUUAGUUAAAGUUGUCAGAUUCAUUACGUGUACCUUUUGUUGUACAACUUUAAUGUGUUAAGCGUUACUUCACCUGACUGAAUCUGACAUCCAAAGCUUCUCAAAGACACGUUGUUUGUAUUAAAAAAAGCCUUUAAGAUACUUUAUGAAAAAUAUUUUUGUCUAUGUAUGAUAUAUUCAAUAUAUAUUUGCUUUAAGUGAUUUUAUCUCCAUGCAUGUACUGUAUGUAUAUGUGCUUACAUCAGGGUUUGUCUAAGCUGCUAUGGACACCUAAUCCAUUCCACUGUGGUUCUGAGAUAUUUGCUAUAAAUUUAUUAAUCUGCCAUGACUAAAAGUAAUCACUGGUCUCUACCUCCCCAAUGCCUUCCAUAACAAAUUAUUAUCUGAGAUGACUAAUUUUAAGGGUAAAUGUGAUACUAUGGUUUACUUUGUACCUUCCAAGUGACCUAGGAUGACGUCUGGAAAUUGUGGUACCAUUACUGCCUUUCUAAAUCUGUUGUGCUAAACCUAGUUAGUUUGCAUGAUGCAGUAUAUUGAUCAGUAUGAUUGCAGUAAAAGUGGUUAUUUUGAUAACACACUCUAUAUGUGAAAAGUCAGUAUUGUAUAUUUUGUUCUAUAAAGCUCUGUGAUAUUUUGACAUUUACAUGAAAUGUAAAUUAGGUAAUAAAUAUACUGUAAUUGCAGUCGCUCUGUUUCAGUUUACUUUAUAUUAAUUAAAAUGUCUGAAUGCUGAAAAUGUACACCUGUUACACUAUCUAUAGAAAAUUCAUAAAGACUGUUUUGGUGAAAAAGUGUAAAUAUAUUUCCAGUUAAUGUAGUACACAAAAAGACUUUUUGUUUUUCACAACACACACUUUUUAUAUACACUACCUUUCAAAGAUUGCGGUCAGUAAGGUCUGUGUGUGUUUUUUUUUGUGUUUUUUUUUUUUAAAUUUUGCUGCUUUUAUUUAGCAAGAAUGUGUGACACUACAUUUCUAAUGUUAUGUAUAAUAUUACAACAGUGUUUUAGUGCCACAUUAAAAACAAAAAAAAUGAUUACAAGAUUAAACUCGAUAAAACUUGUUUAAUCUUGUCUUAAUCUUCAUUUUUUUUUUUAAUGUGGCACUAAAACACUGUUGUAAUAUUAUACAUAACAUUAGAAAUGUCUUUACUGUCACACAUUUCUAAUGUUAUCUAUAAUAUUACAAUGGUGUUUUAGCGCCACAUUAAAAAAAAAAUUAAUUAAUUAGAAGAUUUUUUUUUAUUCUAUAUCAGCUUUAUUCUUAAAAUAUUACAAGCUUAAUCUUGUAAUCUUUUAUUUUUUUGUUGAAUAAACUUGAAAUAUUACGAGAAAAGUAAAAAAAAAAAUUGAGAAUGAAGUAAAAAAGAAAAUGUGAGCAUAAAGUUGAAAAAUUUGAAAGGUGUUUUUUUUUUUAUUUGUCUGCUUUUAUUUAGCAAGAAUUUUUGACAGUAAAGACAUUUUUAAUGUUAUGUAUGAUGGCGUUUUAGUGCCACAAUAAAAAUUUUUUUUUAAAAAUCUAAAUCUACGAGAUUAAAGUCAGAAUAUUUUGAGAGAGUCGAAAUGUUGAGAAUUUAAAUCUCAGAAAAUAAAGUUGCUUAAAAUAAUGCUUGGAAAUAAUAUCAUGUCUUUGACUGCAUUUGUUAUUUGUAGUGCAAUAGCCCCCCCAAUAGCAAUAAGCUUUGUGCUUUUGGUACUUUUAAUAUAAAAAGCUUUCAAAAUCAGUUUUAUAAUGAAAUACAAACAAUUUGUCUUACAAUAAUGUGUUUUUCAAGCUCUUUAAUGUGGUGUGACAGAUCGCUGUAUUCAUGUGAAUCAAUUCAUUAAAUUAUACUGCAAAA